AAUCACAUUUCGACAUCCAUGGUGAAGAUAAAACUUUGGCAAAUAUGUGGACUGAUUUUCGAACAAUGGAGUGGAGCAAAGUAAGAAAUGGAGGUCGUCCACUUGGGUCGCACCUGUCCUCAUUACAGAGGGAGUUUUUCUACCUUGGCCGCAUUUAAAAGGUUGAAUGAGAGUGUGAGGGUAAGGGUGAAGUCCUAUGCCAAUGUUGAGCGGGCUAUGUGCGAAGUUCACUCGGUAAUCCAUUUCAAUUGGAACACACAAACCUUAAACCAACUUCCCAUUUCAAAGAAGCGGGACUUCAUAAUUGGGUAUAAGCAGGAACAUCAUUCUUCUCCUUCCCACCAGGAGGAGGAGGAGGAGGAGGAUGACGACGACGACGACGAUGUGGAUGAAGACUGGCCUGUUGACGAAGAUAUUGACGAGCGGUGGAGGGUGAGUGCCUCCGAUUAUUUUAAGGAGCCCCGUAUUCGGAAUGUGGUUGCGGAAGAUGGCACUGUAAUUGAUUGGGAAGGGGACUCCAACAGGGGAAUCAUUCAGGAGAUUUCCUGCAUGGAGUGGGAGAGGACUGUUUUCCACCCAAGUCCCUUGAUUGUGCUACUGUUUGAGAGAUACGCCAGAGCAAGUACCAAUUGGAAAGUGCUAAAGGAGUUAGAGAAAGCUAUUCAAGUCUAUCGGAAGUUUCAAAAACUGCCUCCUCGGACUGUGAAAGUUGAUGUCAAGGUAGAAAUGGAUUUGGCUUCUGCACUCAGAGCUAAAGACAUUCCACAGCUUUUAUUUAUUAAGGGGGACAAACUCUUGUACCGAGAGACAGAAAUUAGGACAGUGGAUGAAUUGGUGGAGAUGAUUGCUCACUUUUAUUAUAAUGCUAAAAGACCUCCUUUCUUAGAAGCAGAAGUUGUUCUGAGGGGUAAAGCUUGAGCAGAGACUUGCUUGACCCAGUCGAUAUUUUGGCCAAAUUUGAUGAUCGAUAUAGUUCUUUAAAAGUUUGCAGUGCACUGUACUUGUAAAUAUCCAACCAGUGGUGCGAAUUGCAGUGCGCUGUACUUCAUUAAGUGUUAAAUGGCCUUUAUUGGAUUUAUUUCUGAUAGAAUCUUUCAUCUAUUAGAACUUUUAUAGAUGAAUGAAUGAAAGAAAGACUGUACUUCAUUAAGUGUUAAAUGGCCUUUAUUGGAUUUAUUUCUGAUAGAAUCUUUCAUCUAUUAGAACUUUUAUAGAUGAAUGAAUGAAAGAAAGAUUGUAAUAACCUCCACGAGGUCAAAGCAGUCUAUGAGACCCAAGAACAGCACACAAAUCUUAACAAUAGGGCAAAGCAGCCUAUGCAAUCCCAGUUUGUAUGCUUGUUAGCUGAAAAGUAAGCCUCUUUUUUGGGGUUGAAAUGUGGAUGAUUAUUUUAACUAAAUAACAAAACGUUUUAUAAAUUUCAAUGUUCAAAUAGCAACAUGAAAUGGACAAAACAUACCUAUACCUGUAUACUGACGUUAAUAAAGCGCUCCUUCGAUAUCAUUGUCA